AUGGAAUCUAUUCGGAAAUGGUUUUACAAGCCAAAGAAGGGAGACCGUUCGCUAUUGGCGCAAUUCUUUUACGCUGAUGACGAAUUGAAUGCUGUUGCGGCGGAACUGGAUAGUUUUGACGGUAAAAAAGACCCUCAGCGGUGUACUGCCCUUGUGAACCAUUUGCGACAAUGCCAGGACAAAGUCUUGACUAUUUGUAUUAAAAUUAUGGACGAACUGAUACCCGGUGAACGGGCCAGCCGUGAUUUUCGUGUAAAAUUUCCAGAUGAUGUAAUUCAAGAUAAUCUGGCAGGACAGCUGUGGUUUGGUGCUGAGUGUCUAUCCGCGGGGUCGAGCAUAAUGAACCGUGAAGCUGAGAGUGGAGCUAUGAGACCUUUGGCCCGAGCACUGACCAAGUCGUUGGAAAGAGUUCGAGGCCUCUUGAGGGACGCGAGUCUUUGCGGUGACCAAACUCCGCCGUGCCUGCGCAACCUAAUAUCGUCAUUGUGCACAUUUGAUCAUCUGUUAGCUGAGUUUGAGUUGCGUUAUGUUUCUGCGAUGGUUCCCGUCAAGACUGCCCAUGAAUAUGAACUCCAGCAGCUCGUAGUCGUCUUGUUCUCUGAGACCCUACAGAGAGCACUUGUCAAAGGUCUCCUGACCCAAGAGAUGGUUGACGACUACGACCCUGCCCUUAUGUUUACCAUUCCACGUUUGGCUAUUGUGUCUGGUCUGUUAUUUUAUCCCUACAUGUCGCCGCUAUCCCUCGACCAAAAUGCCACUGAUAUGUCCGAUAUGUUCCGUCCAUUUCGAUCAUUAUUAAUGAAAAUCAGAGAGCUCCUUCUCACCCUCUCUGAUAAGGAGUUGUUAACGUUGGAGAAGAUGUUGUGUUCCUCCGAUGAGGUUAAGUUUAACGAGAAGUUGUCGAUCAAGAACCAACAGUUAUCGUGUCAGGAAACCAGCGACGAGGAUUCCGAGUGCCUUUCGUCUAGUACUACGGAACUGGUAAUGGACAACAACGUUACCACUAUUCCCACCACCGCCACUCCCGUAACGACUAUAGAACACUGUGGUACGAAAGGAUUUCCGCCUACCCCACCGUCAUCUCCGCAAGACUUAAUCAACAACAAUAGCAAUCGCUGUAACCCAUCGACCAAACGUGGAUCAUUCGGGUCAACGAUCAUAUCGACGAACAAUGCCGUCAAUCUACAGUCGGAUAACGAAUCGAAAAAUCCGACGGGCAACCGGCAGCAACUGCAACAAUACGAUUGCGGUGGUCUGGAGUCGUCGUCUGGUUCGGUGCCGGACGCAGACUUCACUGAGUCGUUGGCCACAGCUACAGAAGCUCUGACUGAAAUCUUGGUGAAGUCUACGAACGCGGAACGCGAGAUCGGUCGGAACAAUGGUGGCGGUGCGGCUGUGGUUGUGGUGGUGGUCCAAGACGACAACGGAAACGAAAACAUGCCGUCACCGCAGCUUAAUCCUACAAAACAGCAUCAUGCCGUCCCAAAAAACCUGUCGAGUAGUUCAACACAAACAGAAUGUCCUCCGUCUAGUUCGUAUCGAGUGUGUUGCUGCAACAACUGGAACCGAUGGAAGUCGACUACAGUAGAUAAUAAAAGAGACCGGUCGUCCUCUAUUAGGUGUCAGUCGCCGUCUGGUGGUAGAGGUAGUGGUGGUCGUGUUCGUUGUUGUCAUCAUCAUUACAGGAGAAAAAAGACAAACGCCACUGCCGCUGCUUCCAACCGUUGUGGAGGUAAUGAGAGUUGCAGCAGCAGCAGUAGUAGCGGUGAGACAAAAGCUCGCGAUAAAGUCACUGUAGUAACUGCUGUCUCGACUAAGUACACAAAGAGCUGGCGGGAAUUGCGCAAGGCGACUAGCGCUGAUGAGAAACGAUCGGCGGAAGUGGUGAUUUGCCGAUUGCAAACUACAGACUGUUGCAAUGUAGCCAGAUGUGGUGGCAAAAAACCAACGAUCAAGAAACAUGAGACGUGUUCAAGCUGUUCCAGUUGUACAACUUCAUCAGCAGAUGAGAGCGACGAAAGCAUAACUGACAGCACAUCAACAGACAGUUCCUGUAAUUAUUCGUUACGUCGACAAAAAGCUCGUGCUAAGUUUAGAUCUGAUGAAGAUUUGUUGCAUCGGCUGUUUGUUUGUAUAUCAGGAGUGGCCGACCAAUUGCAGACAAACUUUGCCGGAGAUUUACGUAAUAUACUUAAAGCAGUGUUUCUCAUGUCUAAUUCUAAUUGUGGCAACGAUAGUCAACAGAAUUCUGAAGUAAUUCCUGUGAUAAACAACCCAGCUGCAGUGAUCGAUAUUGAAAAUGGUGAAGAGGCGCUUGUGUGGAGAGGUGAAACCAUGAUUAAUGAUGUUUUGUCCACGUCAACAGAAACACCACCACCUUGGGUACCUGACAAUGAAGCACCUGUAUGCAUGUCUUGCAAAGCUAUAUUCACUGUAGUCCGAAGACGUCACCAUUGUCGAAAUUGUGGCAAAGUAUUCUGUUCUCGGUGCAGUUCCAACUCUGUUCCUCUGCCCAGAUUUGGGCAUUUGAAGCCAGUGCGUGUGUGUAAUCGUUGUUUUAUUUAUCAGGUUACACCAUUCACAUUGGAGCAUUCAAUUGGACCAGUUCCGAUUGUCUUGCAGUCUUAAUUAAUUAUAGUCCAUCAAACUUAUGCGGUUAUCACCUCCCCUCGCCCAAAAUCCUCUUCUCCUAAACAUUCCAGAGAGAUAAAGAAACAUCUUUAUUUUUUGUGUUACCAUUUUAUCCUAAUUGACUGUUUGUUUCUUCCCUUAUAAUCUUUUGCUUUAUACACUUUUUUCCCCUCAAUGAAUAUUCUGUUCCUAACAGUAAUAAUAUUAAUUAGUUUUAUGCAAGCAAAUUGUUGUCUUGAAACUAUUCAAUAAUUUAACUUUAAUGAAUGCAUUUGUUAUAUUUUCUUUUAUAAAAUUAAUUUAAUGAUAAUAUUAUUACAUCUAAGAAUCAUAACAUUGAUACUAAUGACUUAUUGGUGUGCAUUAUAAUAUGUUAUUAAUCAAAAAAAUUCUAUUAUGAAUAAACACAUUUUUUUUUGAUACUUAGAUAGCUGCUCAAUAAUGUUUUAUCCCCACAUUUAGUCCGAUUUUUAGUCUUGAAUUUUUAUCAUAUUAAACUUCUAAAAAUCACAGUUGUAAUCUAAUCAUUAUUAUUUCAUGUUAUCAUAUUGAUUGAUUACAAUUAAAUAUAAUUUGUAUUGUUAUACAUUUUUUUUUAAUUAGCUUAUAGAAAACAAACUUAAGUUAUAUAUCAAUUAUUAUUUAAAUUAUAAUGUUGUAAUCAUACCAUCAAACUUUUUUCACUUGAUCUAUCAAUAUUGGAUUAAUGAUCAAAAAUGGCUGUGGAUUUUAUUCUUAAUGAUCAUUGUUCUAUAAUAUCAAUACACUAUUGUAAGUUACAAAAUGUAUUAAACAUUUUUAAUUUUAUUUCUAUAAAUUUAAAUUAGUGCAAUGAUGAAAAAUAACUGAUUAAUAAUAAGAAUGGAAAUAAUUAAUUAAUAAUUAUAUACUGUUCAAGAUUUUAUUAUAAAAUGUACAUUGGACGAUAUAAAAUGCAUCAUGUAUGCAUGAUUUAAUUAAAUAUUGAAAAAAAAGUAACAAUACCAAUCACCGUGAUUCAUUAAAAUAUUCUUUUGUCCUUAAACUAAUCUCUGUGAUAGUUUUUACAUAAUUAUAAUAUAAUAAUUGAUUUUCUGACCAUAAUUAUUUGUUUAUUUAAAUAUUCAUUACUACGCUUACAGAUUAUUAUAUCUUAAAACAUUAGUAUAUUGCUAUAAUUAUUAUACUACUAAAAAAUAAUUGAAAUAUGUGAAAAUAAUUAUGUCAAAAAAUUUGUAUUCGUCCAUAAGCAUUGUUGCCAAUUAUUCAUGUACAACAUUGAUCUGCUUGAAAUUAAAUUUAAAAAAAAUUAUUUUAGGUAUUAUUCUAAUAAGAAACUUUGUUGUAGCCAAAUUUUGAUAAUAAAUUAUAAAAUGUGUUCUUAUGUUUGUGCUUAUGACAAAUUGUUUAUAAUAUAAAAAUUAGUUUUCUGAACGGUUACUUAGUAGUAUGUAUUUUUUGAGCGUAUGGCAUUUUUGCAUUUAAGUGUAAGCACGUUUUUUUAAAAAAUAUUAUGUAUGUGCAAUACAUUUUUAUUUUUAGUUUAUGAUUUUAUAAGAUAAUUGUUUGAAAUAUGCAUUUAGUGUUACAUCGCCAACUUGUUUUGGUUGAAAUCACUAUUGUAUAGUUUGUAUAUGAAUAUAUCAAAAUUGUGUGUUGUAAGUCCAUAAAAAAAGUCUAAUGUAUUUUUUUUCAUACUGUAACAAUUAAAAUUAUUGCAAGUCAUUUUUUAAUUUA